AUGGGCAAGGAUGGAAAUGCCAGCAUCUUCAAUAUCUCCUACACCACGUUCCUCUUGGUGGGUUUCCCUGCACUGCAGGAGGGACGGUCCCUCCUGGUUUUUCCUCUUGCCUUCCUCUAUGCCACCAUCAUCUCUGCCAAUGCCCUGGUCAUCCACACAGUGGUGGCCCAGCGGAAUCUGCAUCAGCCCAUGUAUGUGCUCAUCGCUCUGCUCCUGGCUGUCAACAUUUGUGCUGCCACAGCUGUGAUGCCUAAAAUGCUGGAGGGCUUUGUGCAUUAUGCUAAUCCUAUAUCACUACGGGCCUGCCUGGUCCAGAUGUUCUUUAUCUACUUCACCCUUCUUCUGGACUACAAUCUCCUGCUAGCUAUGGCUCUGGACCGCUAUGUGGCCAUUUGCCACCCACUCCGCUAUACUGACCUGAUGACCUCCCGCCUGCUGAGUCUGCUGGCCAUUUUUGCCCUGACUCGGAGCCUGGGAGUGGCAGUCCCUUUGGUGGUGCUAACUGCACAAGCCCAAUUCUGCCGUACGGCAGUGAUUCGACACUUCACCUGUGAGUACAUUGCACUGCUGAGCAUAGCUUGUGGAGACCUGACCUUCAACAACCGGUUGGGGCUGGCUAUGCGGUUGGUCACUGUGACCUUUGAUCUGGCCUUGCUAGGAACCUCCUACACACGCAUCAUCUACGCUGCCUUUCGGAUCUCUUCUGGGGGAGCCCGAUCCAAGGCCUUGCACACAUGCGGUUCCCACUUACUGGUCAUCCUCACCAUCUACCUCUCCGGCCUUUCCACUUCCAUUGUCUUCCGAGUGGCCAAGACUGUGUCUCAGGAUGUCCAGAAUCUACUCAGUGCCAUAUAUUUACUGCUCCCAGGAGCUUUGAAUCCUCUCAUUUAUGGGGUAAGAACUAAAGAAAUCCGGCAACAUGUAGAAAAGAUACUCUGUAAAAAGAAAUCACUGCAGGAGGUUGGAGAGCAGCCAAAGAGGUUGCAGAGUGUGAGAGUGGACAGGAAGUCGCCAGGAUAA